AUGCGAUUCUCUCUCGUCGCGUCGACGCUAGCCACUUGCGCCUGGGCGGCCCCUCCCUUUCCACGCAUCAAUGUGCUGGACACCAUCCCUAACAACAUCCGGGCCAUCUCCGACUACUUCAACCUGCUGGCGACUAAGGUCCAAGAAAGCAAGAAGCUGGCCGCGCCACCAGCGUGCGACCUCUCUCAAGUUUCCCUCCCAGAGUACGCCCGGUCCAGCCUACCACCCCCCUCCCCAGGCCUCGUCCUCAAGCACAUCGCCAUCGGCCGUGGCACACAAAACUACACCUGCGACCCCGGUGCCGAAAAACCCAGACAAACCGGCGCGGUAGCAACCCUCUUCAACGCCUCUUGCACCGUCGCAACCUCCCCGGAACUCGCUUCCCUCCUCGGCCACGCAGCCCUCCAAUUCCCCCUCCACCAAUCCCUCGAGACCCAGCGCCUGGCCCCGUCCAACCUGGCUGUCAGCGGCGUACACUUCUUCACGAAGGACGGCGCGCCGUGGUUCGAUCUGGACGUCUCGCCGCUGUGGAAGAUGGGAGGGAUUGUGGGCGCUAAAAAUACGAGCGCGCAGGCGCCCGAGACGGCGGCUAAGGGGCUUGGUGGUGAGCCCGCUGUGCCGUGGCUGAAGCUAGUUGCAAAGGAGUCGACGGGCGGGUUACAAGAAGUCUAUAGGAUUGAGACUGUUGGCGGGAGUGCGCCGCAGACGUGUAGCGGGAUGCCGAUUGGGAGGGAAUUUCAGGUUGAGUAUGCUACACAAUAUUGGUUCUAUGCCAAGCCAUGA